AUGAGCUCAUCUGUGAAGCUGGAUAAAGACGAGGACAGUCAAGUAGUAGACAUAACAUCAUAUCGAGGAAUCAUCGACUCACUACUUUACCAAACAGCCAGUCGACCAGAUAACCUAUUACGCAGGCUGCAAGAUCGAUCGAAAGAGUACAAGUGGGACUUGUCAGUUUCUGGUAGACCGGCUGGUCUCAUGGUACAACAAAAAGCAGACCUCAUUUGUAACUUCAACCGCAAAGGCGGAGUACCUAGCAGCCAGAAGCUGCUAUCUAAGUCAAUGGGGAAAGCGGCCAAGGCCCAGUCUUCAUCAUCUUCUGCAGCAACAGAACCAGAUCAGAAUACACUUUUGACAGGAUUAAUUGAGACCUUGAAGGAGAAGAAUCAUCUUCAAGGGGAGCAAAUGAGAGCAAUGUUUUAG